CACCAGUAAGAUAGAUUCGCUGCAGACAUUAGAUAAUUUCACCCCCUUAAACCUUAUAAUUAUGAACUUGAUCUUGAACUGAGUAAAUUGAUGCCAGACAAUUUUUAUUGGCGUUGCAAAGCUUUGAAGAAAUUUAAAGAUAGACAAGAACACUUAUCAGUUGCCUGUAAGUUUUCAUUGUUAGUGGUUUUGCUUACAGCUGCCGUUGAGAACUCACAAACAAGUAUUGCAAACAUUCACAACAAGUUGAGGCUGUAUUGAAACUGAGAUAAACCAAGAAGAAAAUGAAAGCUUCUCUCCUAAUUUGUAUUGUUGCUGUAAGCAUAUCGGCUUGUUUUGCCCGCCCUGGAAGACAAGACAAAGUGAGCGCCGAACUCCAGGCUGAGCCAACAAAAAAUGCAGUUGGAAAAGACAUUAUCGUAACUGCAACUGCGACGAUGGGCCAAAAGCCUAACCAAGGAGAUAAGCGAACACCUACCGAAGCAAGCAAGCCAAAAAAGACAAAAACGAAGAAAAGGAAAUUAAUUAAGAAGAAAGAGUCUCACCCUCGUAAAGCUGUCGUACCUCCACGCAAAGCUGUCUUACUGCCUGGAAAAUCGAAAGGAAAGAAACCUAAAAAGGAAGGAUUGAAAUAUCAAAAGGUAAAGGAAGUAACUGGAACUCGAUAUGCAAGAAAAGCAAAGAAGCAAUUAGCUAGGCCAAUAAGGAGUCCAUUGCGCUUGUUUCAAAGUACAUCCGACUUGUCAAGUAACUCGAUCUCUGAUGAGGUGACAGCAAGCAAGAAGUCUGCUCUAGAGGAAGAGAUGAGUGACGAUCCUGAUGCUAGCCCUACUGAGAGCGCCAGUCUAGAUGAAUCUGAUAAAGAAGAUAAAAACGAUGCUUUUGGAGAUGCUGCACCGACCGAUUCAGCACCCCUUGAUGAAAAUGAAAAAGGAGCAGCCAAGGAUGGAGAUGAAAAAUCUGAUAGCAAGAAGGAUGACGAAAAGGAUUCUACAAAUUUCUCAGAAGAGGAAAAUAAAGGAAAAGAUAACGACGAGAGCGACAAGAAGAAAGUCGAAGAAAAUAAAGACAGUAAAAAUGAUGAUAAAACGAAGAGUGAUUCUAAGGAAACCAAAGGAGAUGAUACAAAAAGUGCAGAGAAAACAAGCGAUUCAGGGGAAAAAGACAAUGAAUCUAAAGAAAAGGAAAGUACUGCAGAAAACAGAGAGCCAGCUGAUGGAGCAGCUCCCGUAAUGACAACUCUUUGUCCAUCAACAGUAGCCCCCACUACAGUAGCAACUACCCCAGGUGGAACGACAGCAGUGAAGCCUACAGACAAACCAACGACCAAAGAAAAAAAGAAAGCAACGACUAAGGCCACUGAAAAACCAACAACAAAGCCAAAAAACAAGUUGAACAAGGAUAAGAAAGAGGAUAAGGUGAAGACAUUCCAGUCUGGUGUCGAUGAUGCCGCGUUAAACACGGGGUUUACCGCGGAAACGCUUACGUCAGAAUCAGUUCAUGGUUUGACUAAACAGGAUGAAGAAAAAGUAAAUUCAGACACGAAUGCUAUGACUAAUGACACUACCAGCAAUGGUGACCAGUCUGCAUUAACUGCCGAUACUGGAGAUGGCCAAAACGGGGCCGAGGAUUCCCCAACUGAAACUGUGACUGGAAAUGACAGCGGAAGUGAAACAGCUGGUGAUUCCGUGGAUAGUGAAACAGCAGGGUCGGAAGGAGACAAUACAGGUGGGGAUGCCACUGUUGAUAAUGGUGCUGGAGAUAGCAAUCAAGAAAAAACCAGCGACGAAGCAAAUGCUGAAGAUACUGGGCCAGGAGAAAAUGCGGAAAUGGAUAACAUGGGUGACGGAGAGAACACAAGUGAUAUGUCAGAAGGUGAAGAUAUAAAUGCUUUAAAUGGGGAUGACACUGCAGAAGACGAAAAUGCAACGCCUACGGAUUCAACAUUCUUAGAUGACGCAACUUUGGGUGACGAUACGGGUGCAAAUAGUGACAGCGCAGCAAAGAAGAGUGAAGUCUGAAGCCAUAGAGUAGCUAAGCAUCUCAGACCAACAUUCAUGGAACACACAAUGACAGAUGUGCCGACACGAUAAUAAGAAACUACCCUCAGAUAUGUUGAUACUGAUGUUCUGCUAACACAGUCCUGUGAUUCAUAAAGUUGCAACUUCACUAACAUAAAUGCAAUUAAACUUAAUGUUUGCUCUGUGCGCAGAAGUGUUGUUUGCCCAACUUGAAUGUUAAUUUAUGUUUCUUACCACUUUCUCUAAUGUGAAUUUAGAAAAGUAGCCAGGGUGGCGUUGAAGCAGUGCAUAAUAGGCAGCACCGCCUCAAGAAAAGUUCAGUCAUUAACAUGCUGGCUUUCAUUAGCGAAAGCAACUUAUUGAUUAACAUGUAAAAGUUGUUAGGCCUAUCUUUGUAUGCUAUGAUAAAAAGGGGGAAAGCCCCUUUAAUGUACCCGUAUCCUUAUGUCUAUACUUCCGAAAAGACCUCAUGUCUGCAUUUAUCAUCAUUUUUUCAUUAUAGUGCAAUUUAUGUAAUUAAAGAAAAUCACUCCCCUAGCCCCCCAUAGCUCAUAAUUUUUUCUCCGCAAUGAAGGCCCCUUUGGUUUCAUGAGCUAUUUUUACUGCCUGGAGAAUCAAACUCGCUUAUUUGAGCUUACCUACGUUUACCAACCUCUUUACAUGGGUCUACCUGCCUUUACCAAGUUAGCUUGUUGGAGUUUACAAGAGUUUGCCAAGCUCGCUUACUUGCGUUUAUUAUGUUCGCUUAUUUGAGUUCACAAGAGUUUACAGAGGUUGUUCACUCAAGUUUGCUUGAGUUUACAAAACUCUCUUGCUUAAGUUUACUUUUAGUUUACCAAGCAUGCUUACUUGAGUUUACCUUCAGUUUAAUAAGUCCACUAAAUAAAGUUUACCUGCGUUUACCAAGCUGGCUUACUUAAGUUUACCAAGUUCAUUUACUCAAGUUUCCCUGCGUUUACCAAGCUGGCUUACUUAAGUUUACCAAGUUCGUUUACUUAAGUUUCCCUGCGUUUACCAAGCUGGCUUACUUAAGUUUACCAAGUUCGUUUACUUAAGUUUCCCUGCGUUUACCAAGCUGGCUUACUUAAGUUUACCAAGUUCGUUUACUUAAGUUUCCCUGCGUUUGCCAAGCUGGCUUACUUAAGUUUACCAAGUUCAUUUACUCAAGUUUACCUGCGUUUACCAAGCUGGCUUACUUAAGUUUACCAAGUUCGUUUACUUAAGUUUCCCUGCGUUUACCAAGCUGGCUUACUUCAGUUUACCAAGUUCGUUUACUUAAGUUUCCCUGCGUUUACCAAGCUGGCUUACUUAAGUUUUCUCCGAGGUUACUAAGCUCGCUUACAUGAGUUUAUCAUAGCUUGCAAAAGCUCGCAUAGCUUGGCCCUGGCAAAAUGCUACGUGGGUUAUGAUGGGUAAAACGUCAAGUGUGGCACUGUUUAUAGUGCAACACUUUUUUUCGAUGCAUUUUAUUAUCAUUUAUCAAUGGAUUUUUCACUUGUUCUAAUAAACAUCAUAUUUAGAAUCUUAAAAAGAACUAAAUACGAUGGAUCUAUGUUUUGUUAAAAUAAUUGUAAAGGUAUAUUUGAAAGCUAAAAAUAAUUAUUUGGUAUAUAAAUAAAGUAUAUAAGCUGCCUUCUUAGUAAA